AUGGCCGAUCCUGCCUUUACGGAGACUCAGAAUCUCCUUCCUCCGCCAGCACCGCCGCUCCCACCCAGUCGGCUUGGCCAGUUGCAGAGAAUAAUAGCCCCUUGGGGAAGACACAUUGGUUCGAAAUUCCAUGGCGGCCCAUCUCAGGGCGACCGUGAUUAUGCGCUGCGUCAAAUCACCUCCAUACACACCUACAGUUCUCUCGCCUCACCAACAGCGACCCAUCGCACUGGCAUCCCCAUUGCCGCUCUAGAUAUCAAUCAGGCCGGAACGCAUGCCAUUCUGGCCGGGAAAGACAUUCUCAAGACUGUUCGUGUCCACGAUGGCAAGGUCACCGAAGACCUCAACCUUCGUGCCGCUGUCAGUUCCUACGCCUCGACUCAUACUUCCCCCCAGUUGGAUGACGUCGGCAAGCGCCGGGAAUAUCUACCAGCAAGAGACGUGAGGUGGUCGACGGGCAACUGGGAUCAUAUCAUAGCAACUGCAGCUACAAAUGGUCGCAUUGCCCUGUAUGACCUGAAGGCAUCGGGUCUUAAGACCGAACUCGCUUGGCUCCACGAACACACAGGUCAAAUCAACAAGUUAGACUUCGAUCCGUCAGCCGGGUAUCUGCUACUCUCAGCCAGCCAAGACAAGUCGGUCAGGCUUUGGGACUUGCGUAUCAAACCUGACAAAGCAUUCCGAAAAUUUGACGUCCGAAGUGCGGUCCGAGAUGUUCGCUGGUCGCCGUCCGCCCUAGAACCACUCGACUUUGCAAUUUGUGCGGAUGGAGGGCUCAUCCAGAAGUGGGAUGCUCGGUCACCGUCCCGGCCUAUCCUGAGCAUCAGUGGACAUGAAAAGGCUUGUUAUUCUCUGGAUUGGCACCCUGAUGGUCGGCACGUGAUAUCCGGGGGAUUCGACAAAUACAUCCGGGUAUGGGAUUUCCAAAGUGACAAUCGACGCCAAAAGCCUGUCCUCCAACUGAAAGCGCCCCAUGCAGUGAGAAAUAUCAGGUGGAGACCCCCUAGUAGGGCGUCGCAAACCUCAGAAUCGGGUUAUUGGCAGAGCACUCAAGUCGCCGUUUCCUACUAUCACGAUGACCCGAGAAUCCAUAUCUGGGAUCUUCGGAGACCACUGCUCCCCUUCCGAGAGCUCGAUAAGUAUAAUACACCUCCCAAUGAUAUGCUGUGGGCCAACCAGGACAUGCUAUGGACCGUUGGGGAUGAAGGCAUCUUCACCCAGUGGGAUCUCAAACAUACCACUCCCUUCUACAACCAAAUUUCACCCUGUGUCUCGGAAUUCACACCCGAUGGACAGUUCUAUAUGUUCAGCGAAGAUAGGGAAAUCAGACACGCUUUCUCUCGAGAUGACCCGGCAGCUGGCUUCUUGACCGUGCCACCAGAUAAACUGAGUAGUGGUGAUGAUGGUGGCGUGAGUCGAAGUUUCACUGAUGACGAAGGCAGCCUUGACACAUCGACGGGAGCGAGCUCUCGGCGACAGGGUAGGGCUAUCGCAUCCACCAGGUCGAACAAAUCCCAGGCGAGCAGCCCGCCUUCGUUGGACGACAGAUCACCAGUUCUCCCGCUGGACAAAGCUGUGCUGGAUCGUGAUGAACUAUUCAACAAUGCACAAGUGGGUGUGGCCGGUUGCAUUCCCGGCGUGGCAGCCGAGCCAGAAGUCGUUGAGUUUCUGGCAACACACUAUGCUAUUCCAGCCUCAGAGGAUGAGCGAAGACAUUCGCCCAACAUCAUUCUCCAACGGUUAGAGGUUGCCUUCAAUGAGAAUGCCGCUGCAUGUGAUGCUGUCUCUAUGCACCGUAUGGCUCAAUCAUGGAGGAUAUUGGGAGCAGUUAUUGUUCCCGAGCUCAAGGAUUGGGCCGAUGCAAACCGAGCGAAGCGAAGAGCUGAUGCCGCUAGAAGACGGGAGACGUUGGAGAGCUUUCGGCUAGGCGCCCACCGAAGCGCGGUUUCUCCUCUAGCUGGACUCCCUCAUCGUGGGUUCAACCCGAAGAACGAAGGUAGGUCUCAGAAACUGAUGAACAGUCUUUUGAAAGACAUGGUGGAUGCUGAACGUGGAUACCGGGGGUCCGAGCUGGACAGUACGUCGAAUAUGAAUACGCCGCUUGCUAAACCAGUCCCAAACUCAUCCCCCCAGGAUCGCAAGAGAUGGAGUGGGCCGAGUAGUGAAGAAGCAAUCGAAAGUAUUGCUCCCCUUCCUCCGUCUUUGUUAACUUCACACUCAACGGCGGUCGCUGCUGCUCGUGCCCUCAUCGACAGCCCAGAGCGAAGAACGACAUCAAAUGCUUCUUCACCGGAAAUCCUCAGGCCUGUGCGUUCUAAUGCAAGUCAAUCGACCGUCAACCGUGAAGCAGUUGGCAAGUCACCGACACAAGUGGCGAGUCCCCCCGGUCCUGAUAUCCCGACGGUCAAACGAGAGCCUCAGAAUCAGGAAGAUCGAAGGGCUGCGCUGCGAGACUAUCGCGCGCAAGCUCGGCCUAUAUUCACGUUGGAUGAGGCACCCCACAAGCCCGAGUCUGACGACAGAAACGACUCGGCCGACAGCUUUCUCAUGUUUUCUGCAUCAACAGACAGCUCGCAUAAAGCCCGAUCGCUUGCACGUUCAUUCGAGUCUCCAGGGACUGAUCGCAGAACACCCCAUGGGCGGGGCGAGAUCUACCCUGAAAGUGAGGAAGAUGCUGAACUCGGGGACUCUUCCUCAGACGAGUAUAGUCACUCCCGGCCCAAAUCGGAACAGAGAUCUGAUAACCUCGCGGAGGCUCAACCCGGAGGUUCCUCUGUAAACACGCCACUGGACAUGAGUCUAGGACAUGGCGAACAAAAUCAGGGUAUCGGUCGGGUGCCUGUACAGGAGGAGAAGACGACAUGGAACGCCGAAAACGUAUAUGGGUCGGUUACGAAGUCACAUUUUGAGACAGGAGUUUCGUCAUCUCCAGAUAUUUUUCAUUUCGAAGAGGGGACAUCGCUUCCCAAGCCACGUAUCCAUACUUCUAACCCCAUACGAACAGAGAAGGACACGUUGACCGAUGGUAAGGAUAGUCGACGCUUGGACGAACCAUCUACUACUAUGUCUAUGGAAGAGCUCGACAAGGAGACAUAUCUAUUUCAGGAUUUCCGCCCCAUCGAUCUGUCGAGAUAUGAGCCCAAACUGCCCUUUGCUUGGUCGUCACUCCCUUUGGUAUGUCAAAGCAUCGCAUUUGAUGUCGAUAACGGGAUUGGCCAUGGGCAAUUCGCGAGCCACCUGCUCCUCCACGUGCAACCAUACUUUUUCCACCCCCGAUUUCGGACGCUCAAGGGAUCCGACACGCGAGGAGAUUCUCUUGCUGAUAGACUAAUGAUCCCGCACCUCGGCCAUCGCGUUAUCGAAAGCAUUCUGGAGAAUCACCUUCUCUUUCUGAAGCAAUUGGGAUGUUUUGAAUCGGCAGCACUCCUGCGGAAGAUGUGUGUGGAACUGGAAUACCCCCGACUUUACACUCCAUCAGACAGCAACAGGCAGAACAGCAGCAGCCUCAGCACAGGAGAUUCCAUGAGUCUCUUGGCAGCUUGUGCAAACUGCCAAAGACUGAUGAUGCCUGGGAUGAAUGUUUGUGACACCUGUCGAAGACUCAGAUCCGUGUGUCCAAUUUGCGAGUCAAUCAGGACUGAUUCUGGUUGUGCAUCCGACUUGCAAGCUUGGGGCAAAAAUGGGAGCAUGUGGAUGUACUGUCAAGCAUGUGGACAUUCCGGACAUGUGAGUUGCUUGAUGGAAUGGUUUGCCGAGUCUUCCAGUGAGGGAGCAUGUCCAGCUCAAGGCUGCGGGUGUGACUGCGGGCCGGGUUUGACCCGGGUACAUCGCAUUCAGGAACAAAUGAAACGAGAGGAGGAAGCCAGGCUCAUUCGUGGGGGCAAUGCAGGGAACGGCUCGACCAAGCGAGACCCUCUCCGCGCGACGCCCAGUCCAGCAGUGGACAAAGCGCGAGUGGCACUGCGCAAGAGCGUAGGCGCCGAGCGGGCUACACAGAGUGGUGAUGAGCGAAGUAUACCCGCCGAGCGAGGAAGCAACCGGAGCAGGCCGACACAACAGACAGGUUUCAGCAGCUCCCGUAAGAGUGUUCGACUGGUCACGCCUCGAGAAGAAGACGCACAAUCUCAGACCUAG